UAAUGACAUGGGUCAACUGCAAUCAUAUUCCCUGUUCAGUGCAAGUUCACCAUUCAUUUCCCAAACAAUUACCUUUUCCGAUCGAUCUAGAGAACACAGACACAAUCCAAAAACCCCAAAAAAAUGGGAGCAAUUGUGAACAUGUUGGUGUCUGAUAUAAUCAUGUCUUUCAUGUGGGUCUGGUCGAGUGUCUUAAUCAAGAUUUUUGUCCACAAAGUUAUGGGGUUUAGCCACCAUGACACCACUGGUGAACUGUUUAGGUAUUCAAUUUCGAUUGUCAACAUGUUCUUGUUUGCUUAUCUUGCUAAGGUUACCAAUGGUGGGGCCUAUAAUCCCCUCACUGUCUUGUCAUCUGCUAUUUCUGGGAGUUUUAGCAAGUUUCUUUUCACUGUUGGUGCAAGAAUCCCCUUUCAGGUGUUUGGAUCAAUAAUGGCGGUCCGGCUUAUCCUACUUACAUUCCCGGGAAUAGGCCGUGGGCCUAAACUGACUGUUAGUCUCCAUCAAGGGGCAUUGACCGAAGGGUUGUUGACUUUCACAAUUGUGUUGAUUUCACAUGGACUUUCUACAAAAAUACCCGGAAGUUUUUACACGAAAACUUGGAUCAGCAGUGUCUCAAAACUUGCUCUUCAUAUACUCGGAGCAGAUCUAACCGGUGGAGCUAUGAACCCUGCUUCUGUAAUGGGAUGGGCAUAUGCACGCGGUGAUCAUAUAACCAAGGAGCAUUUACUAGUAUAUUGGCUUGCACCUAUUCAGGCAACUCUAUUGGCAGCAUGGGUGUUUAGGUAUCUUGUACGCCCAUCAAAACAAGACAGAGAAAAGAAGACUAAUUAACAUUGAAAAUAAGAUAUUCUUAUUGAUGAUCACAUGAAGUUGACUUGUGGUCAAACUUGAAUUUUCGACUUAAUCAUCAAUGCAUGCACGCACUUGUAACAUUAAGAUUACUCGAAUUGGUUGUUUCUGUCGUGUAGAUAACGUUUCUAAACUAUACGUCUUGGUUUUAGAACUCGAAAAUCACGAGUCGAAGACCAACCGUAAAGCCUUUUGGUUGACGUGGGUUUGUUCAUAUAUUUGUUAAAUGAAUGCAGAAUGUAAUUUAUUUUUUCAUUUUAAAAUAAAAUUUAAACUCUAAA